GUCUGAUUAAGGUAGGCAGCGUUAGCUGUUUGAGUUUGCCUUUUUGUCGUCGCCGAAUUAAGUGAAAGACCAAAGAUAAUCAUGUUGCAGGCCAAGACGUUUAUGAACAACAAGGGCAAAGUUCAAGGUAGUAUUAUAUGAAACACUAAGUCCUCAUUAUAUGUGUGCUACAGGUAAAUUACAUAACCUUACAUAACCUUUAAGGGCAGCUGCAGUUUGCACAAUAGUCAAUUGUGUGCGAUAACGGCAAUACAGAGAUAGCAAAACUAAUAGCUGCCUUCUGUUCAUAAAAGGAGGAAGGUCUGUGUAUUUUGCCUUAACAGUUCUGAUAUAAGUACAGACUUAAUGAAAAUUAACUACUUCACAGAAAACUAUGUAUUUUUACAUCUAUUUUAAGGUCAUUUGAAUCACUGCAUCCAUUUGUCCAACCCCUAAAGUUGUAAUGGCCCACUACAGAGUUACUUACACUUCGGUUUAAAGUAGAAGAAAACGCGACUAAAUGUGCACAAAGACCGCUUGGUUAUAAAAUUAACCUGCCUAGUUUCACAUGUUAGUGGUCUUCAAUGUUAAGUUUGGGUACAGGUUCACAGCAUUAAGCCAAAUUACUUUCAAAAGUAAAAACAAGCAGUACAAAAUCUUUAUUUUUAAAGCUAAACUGUUUAUUGGUGGAGUGAGAAUUUUUGUUCACCAGUAACAUCUAUGUGCAUCAACAGGCAUGAAGACAGCAUUUCCUCCUCAUUCAUUCAGCAGAGGAAUCUCCCCUUUACAGACUGUACAUGAAAAUAUAUGCAACUUUUCUUUAGAGCUGACAUUUGCAAAAAAUAGAUACGCACAGUACUGUUUAUGCACACAAAUCAUGGGGUUAAAAUAAAGCCAUGUUUGAAGAGCUGAGGGGAAUGAUAAAGGGAAGGGGUCUGCAGUUUAGCUGGGAUGUUUGAAUCAAGAUGACCCUACUGCUAUGUCGAAAACAAAAGAGGAAACACUGCGACAGAUCUUCAGAUUUACCCAGAUGCCUUUAAGUAAAGACAGCACAAAUUUAUCAAUCAUGGCUGUGGUUUGGUUUCAACUAUUUUUACAUCGCUGUUCACUUCAUUUUAGCCACAAAAUCCUCGCCCUUCUUGAUGGAGCCCUUCAGCUCAUCCAUGGCUUCAGCCACCAGCUUCUCCUCAAAGGCGGACAGCUUUCCCAGCCCAAGGUUCUUCUCAAUGCCGCUCUUGCCCAGAAGCAGUGGUGUAGAGAAGUACUUGCACUCUGUCUCCUCAGACCUGACAAAGGCGCACUCCACCACGCCCUCCUUGCCAUUCAUGGCGUCGAGGACUGAGAAGGUGAAGCGGGCACCAGCAUAAGCCAUUGACAAGGUAGCAGAUCCAGCACCAGCCUUGGCCUUCACUACCUCAGUGCCAGCCUCCUGGAUCCUGCCGGUCAGAGCACUAAGCUGGUCAGCAGGGAACUCUACCUUUGGUGUGCACUGGGAGAUGAGGGGGAUGAUGGUUUUCCCAGCAUGACCUCCAAUGACUGGAACAUUGACACGAGCUGGGUCAAGACCCUUAAGCUCUGCCACAAAGGUGUUUGCUCUGACAAUGUCCAGGGUUGUGACACCAAACACUUUGUUGGGGUUGUACACUCCAUGUUUCUUCAUGACCUCUGAUGUAAUAGGGAUGGUGGAGUUGACGGGGUUAGCAAUGAUGCAGAUCAUAGCCUCUGGGCAGUGGCGGGCGCAGGCAUCGGCCAAGGUGGCUACAAUGGUGGCGUUGGUGUUGAAGAGGUCAUCGCGGGUCAUGCCGGGUUUUCUUGGCACACCUGCGGGGAUGACCACGACCUCGCAGCCCGUCAGAGCAGCACCCAGUUGGUCUGGCCCCAUGUGGCCGGUAACCUGGGCUCUGGUCUCGAUGUGGCUCAGGUCAGCAGCCACUCCGGGGGUGUGGGCGAUAUCAUAGAGGGAGAGGUGACUCACCAGGGGGCUAUUCUUCAGGAGCAGAGAGAGCGGCUGGCCUAUUCCGCCAGACGCUCCUAGCACCGCCACCUUGGCGUUGUUCUGCGUUGAGGUGGACAGGCUCCGAGCGAGGCUGACGGUAGGUCUCACUGCACGGGAAAACAUUUUGUUUCGUUGCUUCUUUUCUUACUUUUACUUAAAAUAAAAAUACGUGAAGAGUCCCUCUCCUCUGUGACACCAACGUCCUCUAGCCACGAGCGAACAGGAAGACUACUGAACUGACAUGCGUCGAAAAAAGGCGUCGCACGAUGUGACGUCGAUCUUGCGUCAUCGCGCAAGCCUGUUACGUCGUCGUCUUUAUCUCAGCUCUUUUUUUGUGAGGAAAACAAAGCCAGUCAACAUUUGAAGUCGGAAAAUAAGCAGUCGGACACAGUUUAAGUUACACGAAUGCUUACUCUUCAUCGGAACGACACUACCAGAUUUCACUGUACGGUACGUAGGCAGUCGUAUUGGUGUCCCUGUCUCUUCUGUCGCUGUUUAUCUCUCCUGCUAAAAUAAGCUAGCGCCGUCAGAUGAACUCCGUCUAUUUGCUGGAGUCAGAGGGCUGCCGUCAGCCUAGCCUCCGUUAGCUACAACAGGUCUUAUUAUUAUGAUCAAGAACCACCCUCUGUGCAAUGUAAUUUUGUUUCCACGCAACAUAACAAAAGAUGACCUGCUCUUAAAAGCUGUUAGCUGACGCCUAAAACGGCAGCUGAACAUAGUUUAGUGAACCUUCCAGAUCGUUAGCUCAGUGUUUAUCAGCAGCCUUGUCUCAGGGCCAGCUGGUUAGCUCUAACUUGUCAUAGUGAACUGACACAGUUCAUUGUUUGUAGUCAGUAAACAGAGCAGCCUUUGUCCUCCACACUGAAACAUUUUAGUCACAUUUCUGUCGCACUUGUGAGAUUUAACGCUUACAUUAGCUGAUCCCUUUAAUAUCAGGAUUUAACUGCAACGUGUUUGUCACAAUGUGUGAUUGUCUAACGACGUUUAAAUCAGAAAAAUGUGAACUAUUUGCAUCGGUACUGUGUUUACUUUCAUAUUUACUGACUUCUUUUUCCCUUCUGGCAGUGGCAAGUUUGAGGGUCCACCAGCUCUCCUCAUGAUACAUCGGCUUUAAGAGGACUCUUAGUAAGUAUCAAAUAUCAGGUCUGUCAGGCCUAUAAGGGGCAUAAGGAUAAAAAAAAAAACUGAUUCUAGUCAUCUGUUUAUCACUCUGUUUGUGUUUUAGUGGCAGUAAUGUGGAGACCAUUGUUAAAUGUAAUGACACAGUGUAAAUAAGUGGCAACGUACAUUUGUUGUACAUCAAAUCAUAACAUAUAAUUCCAGUAUUCCUAUGGUAUGGGGUGUGUGAUAUUGCAAAAAAAAAUAUAUAUAUAUAUGUAUUUGGGGAACAUGACAAAAAAUAAGUAACUAUUCUACAUCCCUAAAAGAAAUAAACACUAAUUAAGUGUGUGUAAAAGGCUUGUGUUGUGCUAUCUUACUGGGAUUAAUAGUAGAUAAUUUUAAAUAAUGUUUUGAGAACAAUAAUACUUUUUCUCUCAGUUAGCAGUCAGCUGUAUCAUUUAGUGAUAAUCUGCGUGUGUUCAUCCCUUGGUCACUAACCACAAGCAGGGGUUGGUAAGAGCAAACAGCUAGAAAGGAAUAAUAACCACUCUUUUGUUGAUGCUUUUUUGUUUGUUUGCUUUUAAUCUUAAAGAGGCAACAAUAUUCAUUUUAAUCUAUUCCAUAACCAGCUAAAACUCCUCAGGGAAGCUUUAAGAAAGACAUGUCUUAUUUAUUAUCUAAAAGCUAAGUCAUUUAAGUAGAUAUAAUACAGAAACACUGAAAUCCCCAGAACAUGUAUUUAGAUCAAUCAGUGCAAGUUUGAGUUUGCUGAAUGUGUUUUUGUUUUGGCAAAACCAGGGGCCUGUUCUACGAAGCAGGAUUACUGCUUAGCGAGGUAACUUCAAGGGUAAGUUCAGGGUGUCCUGUUCUACGACGCGGGUUUACUUCUUAGCGAGGCGAGUCUCCAUGGCAACGUACGCUGAACGGCUAACCUGCUCAGGGGCAGGUUAGGUUCCAGAUUGAACUCACUGAGUAUAAAAACCCCGCCCACUGACCAAUGAGCUCUCUUGAAAAAUGGCUUGUCCGUUCUUGGAGGAUCCUAUAGACCUUGGUGCUUGCAUUGUCCGAGGAGCACUCCGGCGCGCGAGAGUUUUCAGGGAGCGCACGGACCCACUUACUUUUCCAGAUGACCACCUUUAUGAAAGGCUCAUAUGGCCUACAUGUCACACACAAAAUGUAAACAUGAUAGGAAUGAACAAAUGAAUGAAUUCAUCUUGGAAAUGAAUUAGUCAUGUCUGGUGCAUGUUAAAAGCGCAUGUUGAACAGUGCUAUUUCAGGGCGAUAAUGGCAUCAAAGAUUUUUUGCACACUUUACUUGAGACUGUCGGCAAUUUCCUGCCAGCAUUCCUUCCGUGCUUUUGCAGCGGCGACGGUGUUGUUUUUGAGGUUUAUGAUAGAUUUGAAUUCUUCAUACAUCUUCAUGAUCGUCUCCUGAUCCUCGUUUGUAAAGUUCGCGAUCCUUCACUCUCCGGCCUGCUCUGAUGCUCCAGACUGGUCCAUGUUCACGAUUGGUCAGAUGCGGCGGGCUCCGCCUUACAUGUGUGCACGCGCUCAUAGCAAAGCUGGAUCCACUUACGAAGUUGAUAACCAGCGUCGUAAGACCGUUUAGCGAGACUGCUAACUACCGCGCUAAGUUGAGCGAGGUAGCUCCAAGGCUACCUCGCUGGGUUGAACUUGCUUCGUAGAACAGGCCCCUGAGCUGGACAGUCUUUCAACAAUCGACCCUCUCAGCUUUUCCUGUCUUACCAUAUUCUGUGUGGUACUUGAUUUGCAGAUGGUGAAACAGGCGAGUUAUUGAGCUGUUUUCUUUUUGUCAGCUGAGGUUAAUCUACAUGGAGCAAUUAAAUAUAUUGGAGGCAGUUCUGAGGCUGAUGGUGUUGGUGCUGUUUGUUCACUUAUUUUUAACUUGAGCCAUGCAGGCACCUACGCUAGCUUAGCUGGCAAUGAUGUGUAAACACUGAAUGUAUUCUCAGUACACAUAGAUUGUAUUCUGUCCCACUGGGCUCAUCGAUUUCACUGAAUGUGUGUGGACACUCGAGGCGUGUUUUAAUUGUGUUUUGUAAAACGUGUGAAAUACUCUACUGUAUUGUCACUUCACACAUCCUUAGAACGAUAAUUAAGAUAUGAUCUUUAGAGAUGUAUAUCACACACUCCUCCUUAGUACAUAUUGAAACUUUUAAAUGAUCAGGUUUUAGGGGGAUAUAGCUCAGCCACAGCAUGCACAGGAUAAUUCACCAUCAUUUACCACUGACUCUUUUCCUCAGAACUUCCUAAGGAUGGCUAGUUGUGGGGAGGUCGACCACUCUGUCAGCUCACUUCCAUCCAGUAAGAAAGGUAGCAACAGUGGCGGUGGAAGUGGAAACAGCGCAGAAUCAUCAUGCUCUGGCUCCAGCAACUCAUCCCCAGCCUUGUCUGUACCGGAGUGCGCCAUCUGUCUGCAGAGCUGCGUCCACCCAGUCCAGCUGCCAUGCCACCACGUCUUCUGUUUCCUGUGUGUGAAGGGAGCAUCCUGGCAGAGCAAACGCUGUGCUCUCUGCAGACAGGAGGUACCGGAUGACUUCCUGGAAAGGCCUACACUCCUCUCCCCUGAGGAGCUGAAGGCUUCAGCAGGAGGUCGGGGUGGGGCAGGAAGUGAUCACGCCUGGUAUUAUGAAGGCCGAAAUGGUUGGUGGCAGUAUGAUGAGCGAACCAGCCGCGAGCUGGAGGACGCUUUCUCCAAGGGCAAGAAAACAGCUGAAAUGCUCAUUGCUGGUUUUUUGUAUGUAGCCGACUUGGAGAACAUGGUGCAGUACAGACGCAAUGAGCACGGGCGGAGACGCAAGAUGAAGAGAGACGUUUUGGAUAUCCCCAAGAAGGGAGUGGCAGGACUGCGUUUGGACACUGAGGGUGUUACUGUAAGUGCCGGGGCAGCAGGUCGAGAAAACUCAGCUGACGGGGCUGAUACCACAGUAGCAGGUGUACAGCAGCAAGUUACAGGUAAUCCUCCAACAGUUACAGCCACUGCCAGACCUCCCACUUCUCUUGGCGGUCAGCCCGGCAGCAGCAGCAGCCCCACUCUGGAGGAUGCUCUCUCCCAGCUGCAAAUCAGCCCCAGGCCCUCUCUUCCUCAUGAGCGGUCUGAGGCUGGAGAAGGAGAGGAGGAGGACGAGGAAGAGCAGGCUUCACCUUCUAGGUCCUCUGACCCUCACACCUCCGUGGAUGAGUCCGGCUCCGGAGACUGGAGUGACGAUGAGGACGAGGAGGAUGGAGAAGAAGAAGAGGGGGGAGAUGGGGAGCGUGUGGAGCCCUGGGAGGAUCGACCCAGGAGGCAAAGACUGAACCCAGAGGACAGAGCCCCUCCCGGCGCAGAGUCUGCCUCUCCCCCCUCUUCAUCCAGUAGCAGUGGGAGGUCCAGAAUGCCUGAUGGCCAGUGUACAGUGACUGAAGUGUGAAGCCAUCAUUGACCCCAUCAUCAGUAAACGGCUCGGCUCCAUUUCAUUAAUUUAUUCCUCAGUCUAUGCUGCCGUUCGCUCUGUCACAGAUUGGAUGUAGGUGGAUGGCUCACUUCAAGAAAAGCAAAACCUACUCUGUGAUUUUGCAAACAGGUCUAAUUUAGACAUCAAAUAUGGUGCCUCUUUUUGGUACACAAUGAUCUGCUUGUAUCCGUCUGUCUUGUCAGUCUUAUCCUGUGAAUAUAUCUUGCUGGUUAGACUAAUGUAGGGUCUUCAUGUUCUAACAGUGAGACAGAAGGUAGAGCCCGGUAAACAGACAGAUGGAUACAGCAUAUUGUUGUGAGCCAUGAAAUCUCAUAGUAGCUUUUACAGCGCAUCAUGUAAGGCGAGUGUUUCAGACAGAGUUAUGAUGGUGUAUUCAGCAGCUGGCACCCUGCCUAGCUUUAUAUCAUUUGGUCUCAGGCAUGUUGGAUCUGCUCUUAUCAAAUGAGAGAGAACUGGACUGUGAAAGUGAGUUGCAAAAUUUGUUUUUGAAUUUAUCAGUCUGAGACCCAAAGUGUUUCUCUGAGCCUCUUCCAGAUCUGUGACGUUUGAACGCAGAAGCAUAAAUGAGGAUGUCGCUUCUGGAAGUGGACCUGUGUCUCCAUCAUGAACGGCUUCAUUCUAAUCAUCUACACUUUAACUCUCUCAGCUAACAUAGCACGCAGAAAUGAGCUCAAGUCACCUGACUACUCUUGCAAAGAAUUUAAUCUUUAGAUAACUUCUUCUAACUCCGGCCCCCUUAAUUAUUCCCUUUUAAUUCAGAUUAACAGAUUAAGAAGGCUCGUCUAGAAAAUUCUGAGAAGGAAUCGUUAACUUCUGGAAGUGAAGUGAUCUGACUUCAACCUCUGUAAGGUUUUUUUUUUAGCAGAUGGAUAAAGGAAAGUGAAAAGUACUGACUGAUACUCACAGGUCAUAUGGGUCUUAAGAAUUUCAAGGUUUUGUGUUUAAACAUUGUAAAGUUACUCUUAAACCGACGAGGUUAACUUGCUACCUGCCUUGGUGAUUUUCUCUGUAAUUCUGUUGACCUGAAUGGUCUGAGAUUCUGAAACAAAUCCAGUUCAAAUGAGUGUUCAUUAUAACAGUACAUGCUUAAAACAUGUUUUUAGCUGCCCCAGCUCUCAAUGAUUGGCAUUUUAGUGUAAAGUAUCAGUGUUUUCCUUUUAAAAAGCUGUGGAAGCCUGUGCAGCCUCUUGAGUAUUCUUCUUGUCCCAGAAUAAAGUGUUCUGAAUUGGUGUGUUUCUAAAGUUUUGUGAAUUGUGCAUGUUUGAAGAGAGAGUUAUUAAAACACUACUGGUCAACAGGAUGUUGAGGAUUGAUAUUUUUUGGGUUGAGUUUGAGUCAAUGUUUUUAAUUUGUCUUUGUUUCUGCGUUUCUUUAUGGUUGUAAAUCCUUUUCUGUAUGAUGUCUGAGGCAGAACACGAACAUGCCAUUGUUGGCUGUGCUGCAGAGAUUUCAAGUCACGUCAUUUUUAUAUUUCUUACACGCUCACAUCAUCAGCUCAGUCUUAGACUUUUCAUUCUGAAGAAUAAAGUUUGUGUAACAGCUUUUGCUUGGCAGCCUUUUGUUACAUUGUAAUUUAAAAAUAAAUUGUGUCAUUUCAUCAUCCUGAAAGGAGAA